AUAAUUAUAUUUUCACAUUUAAAGUUUUUUAUGUCUUAUGUAUUUUGGUAAUUGUUUUAGUAACAGAAGCAGCUAUUAGAUAUUAUUAUGAAUGAACAGCAAUAGGUCAGGAAGUAAGAGGUGAACAGUAAUUAAACACUAAUUGGCAAUUUUCAAGACUACCUAAACCCGUCCUCUGACGAAGCAAAUCUGUCAUGAAAAUACAUGUAUAUCAGAACACUGGUGUGAAUUUGAAUUGCAACAUUUUUUAUGAAAGUAUAUUCCAUCUAUGGAUGCCUUUACAUUAAAAAUAAAACUUUCUUUACAUUAUGAUUAGCCCGCCAGGUGCAUACUGGAUGACACCUGUAUGGGGGACCCUACCGAUGUAGUCCACACACAUGAUAUCAACCUGGUUUAUUCAUACACGUAUUUUGAAUGUUUCUGACAAGCUUUCAUGACAUUUUAGUAUAUUGUUUAUUCUUUUACCCGAACUAUAUAUUUUGAAUAAUAUGUGUUAAAAACAAACUUAUGUUUUAAGUAUGGUUUUCUCCAUGGAAAGGAUUUUAUGGCCCCUCCUAGAACCUCCAAUCUUGCCGUGUAUGAGACCCUAUCAUCCGCCGACGUAUAGCAUAUGUACUGAACAAUACUCAAGUUCAUUAAUGUGACAUCAUCCAUGUUUUGUUGACUUAGUUAUCUUAAGCUCCCUAUUAAUGUCAUACACACAGGUACACCACAGUCAUUUACACCUCAAGCAAACCAAUACUUCACAGUUACUGCUGUACACUCAAACAAAGGAAUACUUCCCGGCAGCCAUCACAGUUACUGCUGUACACUCAAACAAAGGAAUACUUCCCGGCAGCCAUCACAGUUACUGCUGUACACUCAAACAAAGGAAUACUAACCGGCAGCCAUCACAGUUACUGCUGUACACUCAAACAAAGGAAUACUACCCGGCAGCCAUCACAGUUACUGCUGUACACUCAAACAAAGGAAUACUAACCGGCAGCCAUCACAGUUACUGCUGUACACUCAAACAAAGGAAUACUAACCAGCAGCCAUCACAGUUACUGCUGUACACUCAAACAAAGGAAUACUUCCCGGCAGCCAUCACAGUUACUGCUGUACACUCAAACAAAGGAAUACUAACCGGCAGCCAUCACAGUUACUGCUGUACACUCAAACAAAGGAAUACUUCCCGGCAGCCAUCACAGUUACUGCUGUACACUCAAACAAAGGAAUACUUCCCAGCAGCCAUCACAGUUACUGCUGUACACUCAAACAAAGGAAUACUUCCCGGCAGCCAUCACAGUUACUGCUGUACACUCAAACAAAGGAAUACUAACCGGCAGCCAUCACAGUUACUGCUGUACACUCAAACAAAGGAAUACUUCCCGGCAGCCAUCACAGUUACUGCUGUACACUCAAACAAAGGAAUACUUCCCAGCAGCCAUCACAGUUACUGCUGUACACUCAAACAAAGGAAUACUUCCCGGCAGCCAUCACAGUUACUGCUGUACACUCAAACAAAGGAAAACUUCCCGGCAGCCAUCACAGUUACUGCUGUACACUCAAACAAAGGAAAACUUCCCAGCAGCCACCACAGUUACUGCUGUACACUCAACACACACGACUGGUUCAUGAAAGUUCAUACCUUUUUAUAACCAUCAAUACAGUACACAUCACACUUUAUUAGCGACUGUUCAUCCCUCAUAGCUACCGCCCAUCGUUUCAAUCAUGCAAGUUAUAGCUCAUUCUACGAAUAACAUGUUCAAGCAAAAUACAUGACAGCUGACUGUUCCUGGCAGUACACUGUCCAUACAGAACCCAUUACUUACAUCAGUAAGCUAGAUCAUGGCUGUUGACUGUUCCUGGCAGUACACUGUCCAUACAGAACCCAUUACCUACAUCAGUAAGCUAGAUCAUGGCUGUUGACUGUUCCUGGCAGUACACUGUCCAUACAGAACCCAUUACCUACAUCAGUAAGCUAGAUCAUGGCUGCUGACUGUUCCUGGCAGUACACUGUCCAUACAGAACCCAUUACCUACAUCAGUAAGCUAGAUCAUGGCUGCUGACCAUUCAUGACAAUCAAACACCAGCCCAUCGACUAUAAAUGCACGACAGUUCACCCCGGAAGGAUUUUCACCAGUCCAGUAUUACAUAUCUGGGGUGGAAAAUAUUUCAAGGUUAGUUUGUAUAAUCUUUGUUUUCUGAAAAAAAUGACAAUUUUUGUAAAACGUUGAUUACUAUAAUAUCAUAACCCCAUUUCCCAUUGUGUAGAUUUAAUUUAAUAAAUUAUGGUUAUCUUAUAUGCUCCCAUUAAAUAUAUGAAAUGAC